UGAUGUUUCUUGCCUGUCUCUCUUUGCACAUUCACCGACACUCGCCCUCAUCGAUUACACUGCAAAUUACACACUCCCAACUACUGUUUCUUUCAUCACACCACACCCAUGUUCCUUGCUGAUUCUUUCCCAAGAAAAUCAACCUAGAUAUUUGGAAGAAGAAAUAAUUGUUUAUUUCGUCUUGUUAUUUUUAACCUACAGUGAAAAAUCGCAUGGGGGUUUUGAUUUUCUUCACAUGGGUAUAGAUUUCUUUUCAAACGGAUUCCAAUUAUCAUGGCAGAAGUAUGAAAACUUUACAUGAUUGUAAGGUUCGUGUCGGAUUUUCUUUUGGGGUUUGUGUGUUCUUAAUCGACAGCGUGCACUGAAGGUGUUUGUGAAAUUGUCUCUUAGAACAAAUCUGCGUUUUUUUGCCCUAAAAGAUGCAGUCGAGGUUAGUGACAAUGGAGGAAGGCAAAGACCCCACCACCAACUCAAUUAGAACAAAUCAAUCUAGGGUUUUGCCAUUAAGAUUACUUAGGUUCAUGGUGUUUGUUCUAGGUGUGGGCAUUGUUCUAUCGAUCAUUAGUGUGCGCAUUAACAGAAAUUUAGGCAUUCGGAAUAUUGUUCCAGGAGCACAACCUUGUUUUGAAGAACCCAUUAGUUUACAGAAUUUGAUUAAGCCUCCAUCGAAUUAUCUGCAUAUUAUGAAUGAUAGCGAGCUGUUAUGGAGAGCUUCACUUGUUCCCCAAAUUAAAGAAUAUCCCUUCAAAAGACUACCCAAGAUUGCAUUCAUGUUCUUGACAAGAGGACCGCUGCCACUUUCGCCAUUGUGGGAGAAGUUUUUCGAAGGAAACGAGGGACUUUAUUCCAUUUAUGUUCAUUCUCUGCCUUCAUAUAAACCAAACUUUUCGACAUCUUCAGUCUUUUACAGGAGGCAAAUUCCUGGUCAGAUGGUGGAAUGGGGAAGAAUGAGCAUGUGUGAUGCCGAAAGAAGACUUCUAGCCAACGCAUUGCUAGAUAUCUCAAACGAGUGGUUUGUACUCUUAUCUGAGGCCUGCAUAGCCCUUCACAAUUUCAGCAUAAUUUAUCGCUACAUUUCAAGAUCCAGGUUCAGUUUCAUGGGUGCAUUCGAUGAGCCCGGCCCAUAUGGUAGGGGUCGAUAUAACGAUAACAUGUUACCAGAAGUCAACAUCACCCAAUGGCGAAAAGGGUCUCAAUGGUUCGAAACCCACAGAAAUCUUGCAGUUGAUAUCGUUAAAGAUACCAAAUUUUACCCCAAAUUCGAGCAAUUCUGCAGACCUGCAUGUUACGUUGACGAACACUAUUUCCCUACUAUGCUCACUAUUCAAUCUCCAAAUCUGUUGGCAAACCGGAGCCUUACGUACGUAGAUUGGUCAAGGGGCGGUGCUCAUCCAGCUACUUUUGGGAAGAACGAUAUCACGAAGAACUUUUUCAAGAAAAUCCUCGAAGAUCAAACGUGCAUUUAUAAUAAUCAGCCAACUUCAGUUUGCUUUCUGUUUGCAAGAAAGUUCGCCCCCAGUGCUCUAGAGGCAUUGUUACAACAUUCUUCGGAAUUCUUUGGCUUCUAAUUGACUCAUAGCCCGAUGGUCGUAGUAGAAGCGUGAAAACCGGUGGAUUUUUAUCGCACAUCACCACGUUGGCACUCGGAAGCCGGAUUCUUUUCGUAGUUACAGAAUAGAAACCUUAGAUGGCAUUAUUGAAUAAUAAGUUUAUAUCCCAUUAUUGAUGUAGUUUUGAAAGUUGUGUGAUACAAAAAUGGGGAGUGUGUAGGGUUUUUGUUGAAAAGUUGUAUUCUAACAUCAAAUCUCUGCUACUUUAUGCAACUAAUUGCCAUGAAAA